CAAGAUGUAACGGAAGUAGUAAAGCAUCACGGGAAAACACGUGUGUGGAGCUGUGGGCAGUAAAAUCGCACGAAAACCCAGUCGGUUGAUGCUUACAUCAGGCUCUUCCAAAUAAUCACCAUGGCCUCCAAAAACACUGUAAGCGGUGACGACCGCUUCUCGAAGGUCCAGAAGGACCCUCGCUUCUGGGAGAUGCCCAGCAGAGAGCGCAAAGUCAAAAUCGACAAGCGUUUCAAGUCCAUGUUCCACGACGAACGCUUUAAACUGAAGUAUACAGUCGAUAAACGCGGCCGACCCGUCAACCAGACGUCCACCGAGGACCUCAAGCGCUUCUACAAGCUCUCUGACUCCGAGCAGUCAGACGAAGAAGAGGAGAACGAGCAGACGGAAAAGCCCAAGAAGGAACAGAAAGUGAAAAAGGCUGAUGAGGAACCUCAGGUUGAGGAUGAAGAAGAGAGCGAUGAAUCUGAAGAGGAGGAAGAAGCCGAGAAGAUCCCGAAGACAAAAGAAGCUAAGAAAACGAAAGAGCCGCUGGUAAAGGGAGUGAGAGUGUUUGAAGAAGAUGAGGACGAGGAAUCUGGUGUUGAAGAGGAUGAGGAGGAGGAGGCUGAUGAAGAUGACGAGAGUGAGUCAGGUGAUGACAGCGACAAUGGACCCGAUCUGGCUCGAGGGAAGGGUAACAUCGAGACCAGCUCUGAUGAAGAAGAUGAUGAUGAUGAUGAUGAGCUGGAGGAAUGUCUGCGCCAUGAGGAAGAGGAGAUUGAGCAUGACUGGGGAGAGAUGUGGAAAGAUGCUCCACGCAGUGACAACGAAGAAUGCAGUCUUCCCUGUGUUUUCAGGGUCUACCGAGAGAAGGUGCGAGACUAUCAGUUCAAGCGUCUGAGGUAUUACUACGCCGUGGUGGAGUGCGACUCCAUCGAAACAGCAGCAAAGAUUUACGAGGAGUGUGAUGGCUACGAGUAUGAGAGCAGCUGCUCGAUGAUCGACCUGCGGUUCAUCCCUGACGACGUGACGUUUGACGACGAGCCGAAAGACAGAGCCACUGAUGUGGAUUACAGUUCCUACAAGCCCAAACUCUUCACAUCGACAGCCACCACCACAGCCAAGGUCGAGCUGACGUGGGAUGAAACGGAUCACGACCGGGUCACGGCUCUCUGCAGGAAGUUCAAUAAGGACGACCUGUUGGACAUGGACUUCAAGGCUUACCUGGCCUCCUCCAGUGAGGAAGAGGAGGAUGAGGAAGAGGCAGAGCAACAGGCAGAAGCUGAGCCUCUUCCUGAGGAGAAAAAGAGCAGUAAAGAGAAGAAGAGCACAGAGCAGAUCGCUAAAUACAGAGAACUACUGAAGAGCUAUCAGGACAAAGACAAGGAGAAGGAUGACAGCAUGGAUAUGGAAGUCACAUGGAUACCAGGACUGAAGGAAACGACUGAGAAGCUUGUGAAGAAGAAAAUGGAGGGCAAAGAUCAGCUGACUCCGUGGGAGCAGUACCUGCAGAAGAGAAAGGAGAAAAAGAAAGAGAAGAGGAAAGGCAUCAAUAAUUGCUAUUGUAAUUUUAGUGCUGUUCUGUAA